CCGUAUUUGCACUCUCAUUCGUGAGGCGCUUCAAGUACUAAGACGUGCGGCUUCACGAAGUGAGUCCUCGACUCGUAGAUGAAUAUGGCGGGCUUAGGCACGUUGGGAGUGGGUGCCGCUAACAUGGGUGGGGCGACUAUUGGUGGGAAUGUUGGCGGAGGCAUGGGCGGAUCAUUGGGCGGGAUAGGCGGAACGGGCAUGUCCAACCCUGGUGGAACUACGGCAUCACCUUAUGGGGUGGUAACGUGUUUUAUCUGCGGGAAGACUGGUCAUUACUCUUGUAAUUGCUGGCAGGCGGCCAGUAGACAGCAACCUGGGGAGGAUCCUGAAAUGAAAGAGCUCCUCCGCCGUAUUGUGAAGAGGGAGAAAGACGAGGAGGAACGGAAGUCGCGAGAGAAAGAAGAAGAAAAAAGAAAAGAGGAGGAGGAGAGGAGGGAAAGUGAGAAGUUACGUGAGGCGGAAGCAAGGGAAGCGGCAACCAUCGUACGGAUCUUAUCACAGCGGCAGGUACCUGCGAUGAUCACCCCAGCAUCUCAACCAGUAGUGAUUGGCUCACCAUCUCACGCGGCGACCGAUUCUAAGAAGCGAUCUCCUCGCUCGAAGGCUCGGAUGCUGAGGGAGAUUAGAAGCUAUAUAGCCGAAUCUGAUGACGAGAGCGACGAGGUAAAGGAGGAGGCAGAGAAACUGAUAGAGGCGAUCGAAAGUAGGAAGAAAGGCAAGAAGAGUACGACAAUUCUUCGCGCAGCUGCAAGUCGAGUCACCAGAACACCACGGAAAGACAAGACACGUCAAGCUACUGGGGGCGACGUUACAGAUGUGUUUGAAACACCUAAGAAGGUGGGACCCGCCGAAUGCUCCUGUGAAGGAGUGUUGGAGUAUGCGCUCACACAGGCUCGGGCUCUGAGUGACCUCAAGGCGCCCGAUCUGAAGAAGAUCUGUGACCGAGAAGGGAUCGACUACAUUGUCAAGGAGCAGGCUAUUGACGACAUUGCACGCUGCCGCACAAGGUUGGCGUAUGAAGGCUUCUUCGAUAGAGAUCAAGCUACACCUAGCAGUAAACAUGCAUCAGAUAUCCAUGGGAGGUUUGGGGAGUCCGAUAUUAUCAUUGGGACUGAUAGGAGGAGACUGAGAGCCGUGAGGACGGAACUCGUGCUAGGGUGCAAUUUCCGGAUCACGAAAUUGGCUGUCACUCCGACUACUGUGCAACGCAAUAAGCGUUAUUUACGGAAUCUGAUUGCUGAACCAUGGAGAAUGCGACAGCUAUAUCGAUUGUCCAGUAGUAGACUGACAUCACUGUACCGAACCGUUGGGCUUUUCUCACGAAUCUCGACGCGCAAUACCAUUCGUUUGAAGAUAGAACGUGUGGUGCGCGGGAAUUUUGGAAUCGAUAUAAGAAGAAGAUUGGUUCUGAAGGUUCCGUUCUCCUCUGACAUUGUUAUGCGAUCAAUCCGCGAGAUCAUGAUGAAGGUGAUCUCGGCAUCCGUGAAGGAUCACGACAUUGCCUCUCUCGUAUUAGAGAGGAUGAGGUUGGUAAUGACGAAGUGUAAGACUGUGGGUGGAGUCGUUCAGAACUAUAGGAGAGCACUGGAUAACAAACAAGACUCGUGCACUUGUGCUGAUUUCUACCUUGCACGGCAUGAGGGACAUGUCCGCGUUAGAUUGGAUGAGAUUAGUGGAAUACACCAGUUUGUGCACAACUCCAAGAACGUGACGAAGGGUAGAACAACGACUGUGUCACAACUGGUCGAGUUGAUUGUUCGAGCUAUACCAAAGACAUGGAGGGCGAGUCUACUGGGUAUUGCGUACGAAGACUUCCGCAGCUGCUACCGCUGGAUCAUCCUCGUCCGCGUUGACGGAACAGCAGGUUUCCUGCGUCGUGACGAAAGUGAAGAUCACAUACUGUCUACUGCCAAGAAAGAGUAUGUGGAAAGUGAACUACACAUGCUGGCAACCUGGCAUACAUGUGGCAGGAUCGGCAGAGCCUACAUUAUCCCAAAGGAUAAGGAUCUGGACUGGUGGCGACCUAUAUCGCCAUCAUGGUCCGAGCCUUCUCGUACUGCGAGUUCAAGGAUGGGAAGAUCGAUACGGUACAUGCUCAGAUGCCUUCCAGAAAGAUUGCAUUUCAGCCUACGAUCUACAGAUGACCUCAAGGGAUCUAUGGAGAAGUCCGUGGCAGCACUGAGCAGGGAGGGUGACACAAUUGUUGGGCGCAGCUAUGACAUCAAGGACAUGUUUGCGAAGUUGCCACAUCAGGAUAUUAUCACUUCUGCGGUACGGCUGAUGGAUUACCAUGGACGUCGCGGACUUACUGCAGUAAAGGUAAGUGUAAGGGGCAAAGCUUGUCGCAUGUCAAGAAACCUCCGAAAGGAUGACGGGAUGGUCACCAUCACUCUCGAAAAGAUCACGGGGAUGCGGUGUUUUGAACUAAAACACAAUUAUACCCUCUGUGAUGGCCACGUGUACCAGCAAACAUUUGGGAUACCUAUGGGAAAACACUCUUCCCCUGCACUGGCAGACUUGCUAUUUGCAAAGGGUGAGUUUGAUUUUCAAACUGCUCUUGGUAGUGACCGGCGACUGGUUGCAGGACUCAGGAUGGUGGAUGACGUAUCACUGCUUAUUGUUUUUAGUGCAGGUGUUACAAGUAGCUACCAUAGGGCAAUGAACAUUGCUGAGCUCUUUGAGUACUGCUACCCACCUUCUCUGAAGCUGGUGAAGAAGGACGAUGGGAGAAACACUUGGGAAUUUCUGGGGUGCAGAAUUUUUGUUGUGCCCUUUCCUGCGCGAGUACACAUAUUUCCCAGAACAAAGAAUCAACCUUGUCUCAUUAAUUCUCGGAAGUUACACUUCCAUUCCAUGCAGGAUUACGCAUCAUAUACUGCGAAGAAGGUGAAGAAGUUGACGUUGACAGCGUCGAUGCUCCGUCUUUGAGGUCAUCUACUGAUGAUGAAGCUGCCCUGACCUCGAUCAUCUGUCUUGUGAAAGAAUCUC